AUGCAUUCUUUCCAUCUCCUCCUUCUCACCUUCGCCACGCAACUGUGCGUUGCCAUGAAUGUCCCAGCCAACAUUCAAAACUUCUACAACAACAUCAAAAACGCCGGCUCAUGCAGCAACAUUCUCCAAACAGCAUUCUCAUACUGCGGCGAUCACCUCGAUGACUAUGGAGUGAUCUAUCUCCAAGGAACAGAUGGCGCGCUUGCCGACAUGGAUAUAGAUUGCGAUGGUCUGCAAAACGGACCUGGUGAUGACGGCCGAUGUGGCUCGUCGACCGAUACUCAAAGCCAGUCCUCUUUUGAAGAUAUCAUUUCUGGGUAUGGACAAGGAGUGGGCGAAUUGAAUGCUUUCGUGCAUCCGUAUGUUGUGUUUGGCAACGAGGGCAGUAGCGGUGGCUAUCAGAAUUUCAAUCCUCAGGACUAUGGAGUUAAGCCAUUAAGCUUGAUGGCUGUUGUUUGUGGAGGUCAGAUGUUUUAUGGUAUUUGGGGCGACGAGAAUGGCGAUGAUGGACCAAAAGCCAUGGUUGGAGAAGCGUCGAUCUCAAUGGCAACCCUAUGCUUUGGAGAUAGCGUGAAUGGGAACAGCGGCCAUGCCGAUACAGAUGUUCUUUACAUUGCGUUCACGGGGUCUGACGCUGUUCCAGGUACCAGCGCAAAGUGGGACGCUGAUUCUGUGGGGGAGUUUGAGGGUAGUAUCCAAGCUUUGGGAGACAAUUUGAUUCAGAGGAUUGGAGGUGGUGGUUCUACGUCACCUGCUUCAUCAUCACCUUCAGCAAGUUGCCCUCCAUGCUCAUGGGAUGGACACUGUGCAGGCGCCUCUUGUGACACGGCAGAUGAUUGCGAUGGAAGCUUGACCUGCAUUGAUGGCCAAUGUGGAGGUGAAAAGGUGCUGCGGGAUGAGGAGCAAAUAACUUAUAGGAGCAAGAGCGAGAAUGUUGGGCAAGCAUACUUCAUUGAGAAUGUCGGACUAUCACCACGUAAACGCCAAGAAAAUAUCGCAAAAGUCGGCCCCGGAAAACCCGCUGGUGACGAGGCGACCGAUGAACCUUUGGAUGAUUGACAAUUGACGACGGUCUAUAUAGCAACAAGAUGGCGCUUUUUUGGCGGGUGGAUUUCUUGGCCAUUCUUUAUGAGGCAAUAAAAGAAGUCGCAAAAGUUGAAUCGAACCGACAAACGAAAUGGGAGCGAAAUCUAUGUGGCCAAUGAUUCCUUCGACACUGAUGAUGUUUCUUCUUGCGCUUACGUCGUACGCUGCCAUGUUGCACUUGGUCAUGAUGCUUCGACGGUAUUGCGAAGAGAAUGAGUGUGGAGUUAGGCGGAUGUUUGUGAAUGCUGGGCAUUGAGGGUUUUCAAUGGAAAAGAGUCAGAGCUGAAGGAAUGUUCUUAUUGAAGACGAAGAAGUGGGUAACUACAUCGACGACAAAUGUUGUGGAACUGACGAAUGAGCAGUGUAACCAUCAUCGAGCUGGUUCCUCGGUCCGCCAGAAUGCCUCUUGUGUAGACGACCAACCAGAGAAAAUGGAAUUGUCAAGAAC